UGUUUCAGUUUAAGCCAGUUACGGUUUAUCGAGAAAAGCACAAUGAAUAUAUUCUUUGGACUACUUGCGUGUCUCUUUGUUCUCUCUGGCAAUGCACAAAACCUUGGAGGAUCGAACCAACUUCAAGCGAUAUGUGGACAGUAUUGCCUUAAGCCUAUACAAGCUCUCGUAGAAUAUGCAAAAAACUUGCAGAGUGAAGUGAAACAAUUGAAGCUGGAAGCUGAUAAACCGUGCGCCUCCAAGACUGUGAAAAAGUUAGAAAUACAGGAGGAGAAUACCGAUUUGAAUUUAACUAAUAUGCGACUUGUAGCUUCAACAUUGCAGCAACAAUUGAUAUCGCUAAGUGAAAAGAUACAGAAAAAGCUUGCAAAGAUCAACGAAUACUUUGCUGUGCCUUAUAAGAAAAUUGGUUCGAAAUAUUAUUAUAUUGAAGACACUGAAAAAGUCAAUUGGUUUAAGGCAGUUAGCAAAUGUUUGGCAUUUGGUGGCCAUUUGGUUAGCAUCGAAAAUGAGGAUGAGUUCAAUGCAAUUAAUGAGAAAUUGCAGGCGAACAAAAAUUAUUGGAUUGAUAUUAACGACUUGGCUAAAGAAGGAGAAUUCAUUUCGAUAGCAACGGGUCAAAAGCCUUCAUACCUCAAUUGGCAACCAAAUGAGCCAAAUAACCAAAAUAAUAAUGAGCAUUGCGGUGAAUUGAGGUACAAGGAGAAGGUUCAUCUAAUGAAUGAUGACAAUUGUGUCGAUAAAAAGUUAUUUAUUUGCGAACCUGAUAACCAACUGAAAUAGAUAUUGUGUAUAUACAAUAAACAUUCGAUAGCAGCUAAAAUAAAAAAAUAUUUG